AUGGUCUUAGGACUCCUGACAGCAAUAGCAGCAUGCCCCGCCAUCAUCGGCACCACGGAAGCAGUCCGCUCAGGGCAGAACAAGAAUGCCAAAGAGAAGCAUCGCGGACAGAAGACGAAUCUAAUUGCGUCGUGCGUGAAGACGUCGUCGCAAAGCGCGCAGAUCAAUGGAGGCAUGGUGGUGCUGAAAAACCACAAGCUCUACAUCCAAAUAGCCCAGGACCUCGACGUCCCCCUCGAAGACGACCUGGAAUUCGAAGAACCCGCCGGCCACCCCUUCACAGGCUACUACCUCCCUCACCCCCAACACAACUGGGGCUGGCAAGGCGAAGGCCUCGUCUCCACCAUCGGCCCCGGGCCCCCGCAACUCAAUUGGAUCUACGUGGACAAGGACACCAACGAGGUGAAAUACGGGAACAAGAUCGAAGUCGGAGACCACGUCGUGGGACCCUGGAAUUGCACCAAGAUCGACCGGAGGGUGACGUUUGAAGGCUGGGAGGGCUUCUUGGCGGUGAAGGAGAAGCCGGAUACGUGGGCGCUGUAUUUCGAUCGGGAGGAUGAUGGCUUGAAGGGCAAGGUCAGUAAGAGGAGGGUGCUGGAGGUGGAAUUGACGAGGAAGGAGAUGAAGAAGGGGAAGGAGGACGCGGGGGUUAAGGGUGCUUGA